AUGGAAUUCGCCAUCGGAGUUUUGUCGUUUACGCCGCGAUUGAUGGCGAUGCCACUCCCGAGCAGGCCACCACUGAUUCCCCCCAACCCUCCUCUGCGACGGCUGCUCCCGAGCCUGCCUCGGCUUCUCCCGAGCCUGCCUCGGCGGCUUCUCCCGAGCCUCCUGCGUCUGGGGAGAAGGUGUACCGAGGCUUGGCGCACGGACCUCUCCGCAUUGGCCGCACGAUCGGCUAAUUUCGAUGAGGCAAUGGGCAACGGGCGGCCAACCGUGGUUGAAUUCUACGCUGAUUGGUGUCAGGUCUGUCGUGAGACUGCCCGGGACACACUCAAGGUGGAGCAGCAAUUCAGAAACGAUGUCAAUUUUGUGUUUCUCAACAUAGACAACGUGAAAUGGGCAGCAGAGCUGGACGAGUUUGGGGUGGACGGCAUUCCGCACUACACCUUCCUAGACGGCGAGGGCAACGAGAUGGCGUACGUGGUGGGAAAGGUGCCGAGGAGAAUCCUCCUAGAAAAUGUGUCUGCUCUUGCAGAAGGCAGGCCGGAGCUUCCGUUCUCGCAGUUUAUUUCAGAAGCGUCGGAUGCUGCUUUGAGGCAGGCUCCUAGGGUUGUGGAUCCGAGAGACCAUUUUUGA